AUGAAAAAUGAUGAUUGUGGUGAUGAUAUUGAGGAUGAAAAUAAUGAUGACGACAGUUUAUCUUACUGCGAAAGUAGUGGUAGAAGUAGUAGAAGUAGUAGUAGUAGUGGUAGUGGUAGUGGUAGUGAUGGUAGUGGUAAGGGUAGCAGUAGAAGUAGUAGUAGAAUUAGUACUGGAAGUAGUUGUAGCAGUAGUAGUGGUAGUAAUAGUGGUAGUGGAAGUGGUGGUGGUGGUGGUGGUAGUGGUAGUGGUAGUACGCGUUGUGGUAGUGGUAGUGUAGUAAUAGUGGUAGUGGUAGUGGUUGUGGUGGUGGCGGUAGUGGUAGUAGUAAUGGUAGAGGUAGUAGUAGAAGUAGUAGUAGAAUUAGGACUUAGAAGUAGAAGAAGAAGUAGUAGUAGAAGUAGUUGUUGUGGUAAUGGUAGAGGUAGUGGUGGUAGUAGUAGUUGUUGUUGUGAUAGUAGUAAUGGUAGUGGUAGUGAUAGUGGUAGUUGUAGUAGUACAAGUUGUAGUACAAAAGAACUUUCAAAAACUGUCUAA